CAAAACAGUUGUUUCUCGCCGUAUCAAUUAUCAAUAGAUGCUAGUUUCGGCAUUCGGCUCGUGUGCUUCGUGAUCUAGAAGCUGAUUCUCGUCUCGUGUAGGGGUGGUUCCUCCAUUGGGGUGAUUCACUGCUAUAAUUGCUAUUAUCAUGCCACACGGAGAAUUCUAUAUAUCUAGCCCCACGACCCAUGCGCGCGACUUUCUCGCAAUUCUAGUAUGAACUUCGAUUGAUAAUUAUACAUAGUAGCACCAGCAUAAGCAGCGCUGUCGAUGGAGCAACACUUUCUAUAUUUACACCCACACCAAAUCUCGCAAGUAUUCUCGGAAUCUGUAACUGGUUUGCGACCAGCCCCGCUCCUGGUAUAUUAGAUCAUCUGCCAGAUGUGACCGCUGUGGAGUCCGAGGAGUUCACCUGGUCCCGGAGAUCGUGAGUUCGUUGCGGUGGAAUUCAUGAGUCCGAGACACACUAGAUCGUCUGUUCUGUGGGUUGAGAGUCAAACAAUCGAGACCAAGGGGCUGAUUAUAUUGAAAGUUACAGAUUGUUGUCUGGUCUGUCAGGAAGAAUCAGGUUGGAGCGACGCAGACGGGUCGGAUUAAGUGUUUGCUUUUCCAGAUCGGGGAAGAGACGGCGGAGACAGUAGAAGUGGAACGAUGUUUAGGUACCGCGACUGUAGUCUUUGUGGAUUGGUUGUAGCGAUUGUAAUAAUCGUAGAGUGCUUCCUUUUAAUGGUCGUCGCCGUCGCUCAGGACGGUUCUUGGCAGACCCUCAAAGAUGAUGUCGGUAUUUCGUCCAUGCACACUGCUGUGACUAGAUUCGACACGGCGAUCUUGCUUGACCGAACGAAUGUUGGGCUGUCUACCCUGUUGCUGCCGAAUGGGCGAUGUCGAGUGCAACCUUUGGAGAGGAUGUCCAAUCCUGACUGCUAUGCUCAUUCUGUUAUGUACGACCCAAACGCGAACACCGUACGUGCUCUGUAUGUUUUCACCGAUACGUGGUGCUCAUCGGGACAGUUCUUUGCAGACGGUUCUCUAGUGCAAACAGGAGGCGAUUUUGAGGGAGCCAAGAAAAUACGAAGACUCGUUCCCUGCCAAGCUGACGAGACGUGCGACUGGGUGGAAAGCACCACUGAAGAACUGGCAGUCGCACGUUGGUAUGCUACCAGCCAUCUGUUACCGGACGGCAAGUCCAUGAUCAUUAUGGGUGGUCGUAACAAUCCUACCUAUGAAUUCGUCCCGAAGAGGUUCCCAGGGGAGGGAGUGUAUCCUCUGGAACUUCUCAAAACUCCAGGGUAUGACAACUUGUAUCCAUUCGUGAACCUGCUUCCUGAUGGAAACUUGUUUAUUUUCGCCACCAAAGACUCGAUUCUUCUCAAUCCUUACACUGGUGAGGUGCUCCGACAGUACCCCACCCUUCCCGGGAACUCCCGCAACUAUCCAGCAGCUGGCUCCUCGGUGCUGCUCCCACUGUCUUACGAAAAUGGCUUCCAAACCGCCGAGGUGCUUAUCUGCGGAGGCGCCACGCAAGCGUCGAAUGCGACUGCUCCGGCUUCGAAGAGCUGCGGAAGGAUGGAGGUCACGUCUGCCACGCCGAGCUGGCUAAUGGAGGAUCAACCCGUCGCACGUACGAUGGGUGACAUGAUCAUUCUGCCUAACGGCGAUGUAUUGAUCAUCAAUGGAGCUAAGAUUGGCGCUCAAGGCUGGGGAAAGGCAAGCAACCCUGUGUUUCAACCUUGCCAAUACGCAAGGAACGACGCAUUAAAUAGAUUCCGGUUGCUCGCCGCCACUACUGUUCCAAGAAUGUACCAUUCAACUGCGAACUUGCUGUCUGAUGGCCGCAUUCUACUUGCGGGCAGCAACACCCACCAGUAUUACACGUUCAAGGACACCCCUUUUCCAACCGAACUGCGAGUUGAGGCCUUCUCACCACCAUAUUUAAACGUCAACUUUGACGACCAGAGACCGGAGAUCAUUGUGUGGCCUACAAAAAUGAAAUACGGACGCAGAUACCUCCUCUCAUUCUCCGUCGCCACCGGUGCGCUAGGUAACUUGCCAUUAGGCGCAGGUCAAGAGCAGCGAUUUCAAGGGCAGAGUAGUGUCCCAGUGGAGGUUAACCUGAACAGUGCACCCUUUGUUACCCAUUCGUACGCCCAUGGACAACGGCAGCUCAAACUCGAGACUCUCCUUGUUAAAAAGUGGGGAAAACGGAAGCAGCAGAACCUCCAGACUUUGCUCGUGACAGCACCUCCGUCAAUGACAGUUGCUCCUCCGCAGUACUAUAUGCUCUUCGUCGUGAACGGUGGGAUUCCAGGGAAGGCCGUGUGGGUACAAGUCUACCGCUAACCACUUCAUUAUUUACUUGUGGUUAAAUGUCAUGCGGUUCUCUGAUAUCUAAAAUUUAUCGUUGGAGCUUUCAUUUUAGGUUUUCCACAAAAUCAGUAGUCACAGGUUAAGCGUGCACUGGUUUCUGGUUUACCUGGGGAUAUUCAUUGGAUUGAUAGCAAAAUCGGAUUACGCAUAACAAAGAAGUUUGUCCUCCCACAUUGUUGAGGAUAGCUUAUUACAGUGGGGCAGUGUUUUUUAACUUCUGCAUAUGCAUAUUGCUCAACCAGUUGACACUGAAAUAAAGCCAAUUUUUUUACC